CUGUGGCUCAUUCUUCUAGGGUUUGAUCGCAAUCUAUCUAUCAGUCAUGAUCGGCUCCAAGACGGAGAAUGCCGGGGAUCCUGGCGAUCUCAUCUCCUGGGAGCUGCGACCGGGAGGGAUGCUCGUCCAGAAGCGCCAAUCCGGCGAGGGAGAGAAUGGCGAUUCCACUCCAGCAGGGCCUUUGAUCAAGAUCCGGGUCUCCCAUGGCCUCCAGGCGCAUGAGAUCAGCGUUCCGGCGCAAGCAUCAUUCGGCGAAUUGAAGAAGCUGGUAGCAGUAGAGACGGGCCUCCAGCCGCACGAACAGAGGCUUCUCUUCAGAGGCAAGGAAAAGGAUGAUGUCGAGUACCUCCAUUUGGCUGGUGUGAAAGACAAGGCAAAGAUCAUCCUUGUCGAGGACCCGGCCAGCCGCGAGAGGAGGCUGGAGGAGAUGAGGAGCAACGAGAAAAUGGAGCGGGCUUGCAGGGCCGUGGCGGAAGUGGGAUCCGAGACUGACAAGCUCGCCGAACAGAUCCCUGCUCUGGAAGCAGCCGUUCAGAGCGCUCAUAAUGUCCCCGAGAGAGAUCUCGACAAGCUCACGGAGCUUAUGAUGCGGCAGCUGCUCAAGCUGGAUGCGAUCGAAGCCGAUGGCGAGGCCAAAGUCCAAAGGCGAAUACAGGUGAAAAGGGUCCAGAACUACGUCGAUUUCCUCGACAACCUCAAGACCAAGAACUCAAUCCCGCAUCCUCUGGCCUCCAGGAACAGCGUUGUGACCACGAAAUGGGAAACUUUCGAUAGCGGCGUUGGCAGCCUCACUGCUCCUCCACCGCAAGGCACUCCAAACAUCACCACCGACUGGGAAAAAUUCGAUUAAUCGAUCGAGUCACCGUCGAUCGAUCAAUCGAUUGCAGGUAUCUAUUAUCCUUUUUCUCUUUCCUUCCAUUCCAUUCUCUCUGGGGUCUAUGAUUCUUUACUCCCAAUGCUUGUUUGGGACGAAGCAUACCCAAACCAAAGUGCUAGUGUCUGCUUGUACAGAGAAUUUAAUACACACAGGAAAAGCCAUACCUGUAACCUUUCAGUUAAAGUCUGCGAUGGGCA